AUGCAACUUGCCUUGCUGUGCAUGCUGGUGGUGUUUGCUGGUGUGAUUCCAGCCCAGGGCGGGAUACUGGACCUGAACAAGAUGAUCAGACGAGUGACGGGGAAGAGACCCAUCUUCUCCUAUUUGUACUAUGGCUGUCACUGCGGAUUUGGUGGCAAAGGCCAACCCAAAGAUGCCACAGACUGGUGCUGCCACACCCAUGACUGCUGCUACCAUCACCUGAAGCACCACAAAUGCAAUAGUCACUUGGAUCACUACAGCUACAAGUUUUCCCAGGGGAACAUCCAGUGCUCUGACAAGGGGAGCUGGUGUGAGCUGCAGCUGUGCACCUGUGACAAGGAGGUGGUGCUCUGCCUGCAGCGGAACCUGGACACCUACAAGAACCACCUGCGUUACUACUGGCGGCCCCGCUGCAAGGGCCAGACCCCCACUUGCUAG